UUAUUUUAUUUUUGCACUAAUAAAUCACGACGGAUAUCUUUUCCGGAAUCGGAUUUAAAUCAUCUGUUCUGGGCUGUAAGGACAAGCACGGAGUAUGUGUGUGUGUGUGUGUGUGAGAGAGAGGUGAGAGCAGGAAAAAGCAUAGAUCUCAGAAAGAAGAAAAUACAAAUAAUAAAUAAACAGCAGUAGUAUCAUUGGAGGAGGAGAAAUGCUCUGUGCAUACAGAGUUAUGAGAGUUUUAUUGUAAACCCAGGAGAGGCGUGCAGCUCUCGGCGUUUCUUGUGUUGUUUAGAAAACCUUCUGCACAGAUGCGGGAUCUGUUUAAGGUUACUGUAAGAGCUGCACAUCUAACAAAUACAAAUCAUCUUCACAAGGCUUAAAAAAACUAUUUUUUUCAUCUUUAUCUCAAAGCGUUUGAUAUCAUCCUGUGCGCCUGAUUAACUGAUUUAAUACUCCAGAUGCUUCAGAACUUGAGUUACUCGAUACAGGAAUGGAUUUUGAUGUGAGAGUCGCUGCGAUUAUAAAGAACACCAACAAUGAAAUGACUCAUGGGAUGGACACUACGAUUCUUUCAAGAACUGGAUAUUAAACACUACCUAAAAUAAUACAUCAUAAAUGUGAAACUUUUUUUCAACAUGCAACACAAAUGGGAAAUUUGGGAAUUUUGCGUCGUAUGCUGAACCUGUAACAGCCUGCCAUUUUUGAGCCAUUUUUAUUCCUUUUGAUGUGAUUUUGUCUUUUUUCAAAGACGCACCAUCACUGAAAAACCCAAUGCGUCCUCGAAGUGUGCAUGUGUGGCGCAAUGGGUCGGUGUGUGUGUAGCUAGCCAUAAAUUCGUUACCAUGGCCCAGACGAGUUUACUGCAGGGAAAACGCUUCUACUGCCGAGAGUGGGUUUUCCACAAGAUCCAGCACUGCCUCCAGGAGAAAACUGGCACUUCCUGUGGAUCAGGAAGGGACGGUCCGGGCAUCUCAGGGGGUGGAGCUUCUUCAGGUCCAGGGAAAUCAGGAUCAUGGGGUGUAUUGCUGGUCGGAGGACCAGGAAGCGGCAAAACGGCACUUUGCACGGAGUUGCUGUGGCCAAGCUCGCAGCACGGCAAUCAUCGCGGUUUAAGCCAAUUCUGCCUAGCGUUUCAUUUUUGCCGCGCCGAUGAUUCGGACACGGUGUGCGUGAGCGGGUUUAUCCGGGGCCUCAUCACACAGAUCUGCAGAAGUGGUCUUGUCCCGCAAUACGAGGAGAAAAUCCGUGACCCUGCCAUCCAGAACGCACUAAAGCCUGGAGAGUGUGAGAGGAAUCCGAGUGAAGUGUUCAAAAGCUGUGUGCUGCUGCCACUUCUGAGCUGCACUCCUCCUUCACAGGCGCUGUUUUUGCUCGUCGACUCCAUAGACGAGGGGAUGAAAGUGGGUGGGGCAGAAUCGAGCUCCAGCCCCUUGAGUCCGCGCAGCAUCGGCGAGCUUCUCUCUUCCCACCAUGAACUCCUCCCACCAUGGCUCCUCCUCAUCUGCUCCGCCCGCCGCCAGAACAAAAACAUCACCAAGCUGUUCACGGGUUUCCGCAAAAUCAGCCUAGAUGACCUACGCAAAGCUUACAUUGUUAAAGAUGUUCAGCAAUACAUCCUGCACAGGCUGGACCAGGAAGAAGCAUUACGUCAACACCUGACCAAGGAGACAGCAGAAAUGCUGAACCAGCUCCACAUUAAAAGCAGCGGCUGUUUCUUGUACCUGGAGCGUGUGCUGGAUGGUGUGGUUGAUAACUUCAUUAUGCUGCGCGAGAUCCGCGACAUCCCGGGAACGUUAAACGGACUUUACCUGUGGCUCUGCCAAAGACUUUUUGUCAGAAAGCAAUUUGCCAAGGUGCAACCCAUCCUGAACGUCAUUCUGGCCGCGUGCAGGCCUUUGACCGUGAAGGAGUUGUAUCAUGCUGUCUGGACAAAAAAUAUGACCCUGACCAUGGAGGAGUUUCAAAAAAAGAUGGACAUUCUCUCCAAACUGCUUGUGGAUGGGCUCGGAGGAACUAAGAUUCUUUUUCACUACAGCUUUGCUGAGUGGCUCCUUGAUGUUAAGCACUGCACUCAGAAAUAUCUUUGCAACGCUGCUGAGGGUCACCGGAUGAUGGCUAUGAGCUAUACGUGUCGUGCCAAGCAGCUCAAACCUCUGGAGGUGCAGGAGUUUGCGUUUCACUUGAUCAACUCCAACCUGCAGAUUGAACCUUUUAACUUGGCGCUGUGGAUGGUGUGGAAUGGCACUCCUGCGAAAGACUCUCUUUCUACAUCUAUUCCGAAAGAGCAGGAGGUCCUGCAGCUUCUGGUCAAAGCUGGAGCUCACAUUAGCAAUGAGGAUGAUCAUGCGUCGUGCAUUGUACAGCAAGCACUGGAGCGAGAGGAUUCUAUCCGUACUUUGCUUGAUAAUGGUGCCUCGGUAAACCAAAGCGACUCCAGCGGGCGAACGCUACUGGCUAACGCAGCGUACAGUGGCAACCUGGAUGUGGUGAAUCUGCUCGUUUCCAGAGGUGCCAAUAUGGAGCUUCAGGACAACCACGGACAAACACCACUUACACUUGCUGCCAGACAAGGACACACCAAGGUAGUUAACUGCCUGAUUGGCUGUGAUGCCAACAUCAACCACACAGAUCACGAUGGAUGGACAGCUUUAAGGUCUGCAGCUUGGGGUGGUCACUCUGAAGUGGUCUCAGCACUCCUUUACGCAGGUGCUAAGGUUGACUGUGCAGAUGCUGACAGCAGAACUGCGCUGAGGGCUGCAGCUUGGGGAGGUCAUGAGGAUAUUGUUCUUAACCUUCUACAGCAUGGAGCAGAGGUCAACAAGGCUGAUAAUGAGGGAAGGACUGCACUUAUUGCAGCAGCCUACAUGGGGCAUAGAGAGAUUGUCGAGCACCUGCUGGACCAUGGUGCUGAGGUAAACCAUGAGGAUGUUGAUGGACGAACAGCCUUGUCAGUUGCAGCCCUCUGUGUCCCUGCUAGCAAAGGCCAUGCCUCGGUGGUUAGUCUUCUGAUUGACCGUGGUGCAGAAGUGGACCACUGUGAUAAAGACUGCAUGACUCCUCUUCUGGUUGCUGCCUAUGAAGGGCAUGUGGACGUAGUGGAUUUGCUCCUAGAAGGAGGAGCAGAUGUCGACCAUACAGACAAUAAUGGAAGAACACCUUUGCUAGCCGCAGCAUCAAUGGGACAUGCUUCUGUGGUCAAUACCUUGCUUUUUUGGGGUGCAGCCGUGGACAGUAUCGAUAGUGAAGGAAGGACUGUGCUCAGCAUUGCAUCUGCUCAAGGGAAUGUUGAGGUGGUUCGAACUCUGCUGGACAGAGGACUAGAUGAAAAUCACAGAGAUGAUGCUGGUUGGACACCUUUACACAUGGCAGCAUUUGAGGGACAUAGGCAAGUGUGUGAUGCCCUCAUUGAACAAGGUGCUCGAUGCACAGAAGUGGACAACGAUGGACGUAUUCCGUUGAUCCUGGCUGCUCAGGAGGGACAUUAUGACUGUGUGCACAUCCUUCAUGAGAAUAAGUCCUGCAUUGACCAGAGGGGGUAUGAUGGGAGAAACUCCCUCAGGGUCGCAGCUAUGGAAGGACACCGUGAUAUUGUCGAGCUUUUGCUGAGUCAUGGAGCUGACAUAGAUUACAAAGAUGCAGAUGGCCGUCCAACCUUAUACAUACUGGCACUUGAAAAUCAGCUAGGCAUGGCUGAGUAUUUUUUAGAGAACGGAGCGAAUGUUGAGGCGAGUGAUACUGAGGGCAGGACAGCCCUUCAUGUUUCCUGUUGGCAAGGCCAUGUGGAAAUGGUAAGGUUGCUAAUUGGCUACCAUGCAGAUGUGAAUUCCUGUGACAAUGAAAAACGUUCUGCUCUUCAGUCCGCUGCGUGGCAAGGUCACACGAAAGUUGUCCAAUUUCUGAUUGACAGCGGCACUCAUGUUGAUCACACCUGCAAUCAGGGAGCGACCGCACUUGGCAUUGCUGCUCAAGAAGGUCACAUUGAUGUAGUACGGAUUCUUCUCGAGCACGGUGCAGAUCCCAACCAUGCAGACCAGUUUGGUCGUACAGCCAUGAGGGUGGCAGCCAAGGGAAGACACUCGAUGAUCAUCAAACUUUUAGAGAAAUAUGGUGCAACUAGUCUGAAUGGCUGCAAUCCCUCUCCUAUACAUACCAUGGAGCAGAAAACUCCACUGUCAGUUACAGGAAAGAUGCAAUCACUUACUAUUAAAUCCAGUAGUUCUGGCAGCACAGGAGCUGGAGAUGUUCAAACAUCAGGUCGAGGUUUAUCUAAUGGACCUGUUCAUGCUUUCAGCUCCCCUUCUGAAUCUCCAGACUCCACAGUUGACAGACAAAAGUCCUCCCUCUCUAAUAAUUCCCUUAAAAGCUCAAAGAAUUCAUCGCUGAGGACUACUUCGUCCACUUCGACAGCCCAAACAGUGCCCAUCGAUAGUUUCCAUGGACUUAGCUUCACAGAGCAAAUCCAGCAGCAUUCUUUGCCCCGAAGUCGCAGCAGGCAGUCUAUAGUUUCCCCUUCUUCGACCACGAAAUCGAUCGGCCCACAGCCUGCAUCUCCAACCAGUGAAUUUGACUGGAGUCAGGUGAAACCAGGUCUGAAAUCGUCUAAAGGAGGAAAAAGUGGAAAUGGGACAAACUAUUGCACAAGAAAAGAAGGAUCUGGAGAUAAGAAGAAAUCCAAAAACAGUAGUGGCGUUCCACAUGGUCAGGUUUUGGAAUACGAAAUGACCCAAUUCGAUAAAAGAGUUGCUCUCAACAAGCCAUUGUCCAACUUUGCAGUAAAGGAUCCACAUUGCAAGAUAGUGCUGGGAGGCUCCAACACACUGGACUCCAGCCAGUCACUUGAGCCGUAUUAUAUCCAACAGCAGAGCUGUGCUGAGAAGAAAAGAAAUGGGAUUAUGACCAACCCCAACUAUCACCUCCAGGGAAAUCAAGUCUAUUUAGGUAGAGUCUCAGUACCCAGAACUGUGCACAACAGGGGACAUCAGGAAGUUCUUGACAACUACCCAUUAGGGGAGUCUGAAUUAAGCCUUAAACAAGCUCUGAAACUGCAGAUUGAAGGAUCAGACCCUGGGUUCAACUACAAGAAAGAGACGCCACUAUAACUGGCAUCUUUAAACUAAAACCUUCAUCCAGAUGUUAUGGAGAAUGUGCCAAAGCAGCUGUUUUCAUCGGGGAGAAAAUUCUCAGAUUGAAAGUGCUUGAUCUAGAAUCAGAUUUUGUAUGUCCUAAUAAAGUUGACUACAACAUCAAAUUACCAGAAAGGAACUGAUCCCAGAUCGGCGCUUACCUCCUGAAAUGUAUACACACGCUCCCUGAAACCACUGCUACUCAGCCCUUAGUGCAACACCUAGAUUAAAAUGAAAAAAAGGAGGACA